GUUCAGGAGGGGCCGGGCUGCUGCAGACCAGAGCAGUGCUCAGCCUGGGGCUGUGAUGGGGGAACAAUUCAGCCUCGGUCCCAGUCCAGAGCCAGCAAGUGGCAGAAACAUUUCCAUCCUCUUCCAAAGUCUUCGGUUCGCCUCUUGCUGAACGCUGAACGCUUUAAUGUGUUUACUGCAGCGGUCCUCGCAAUCCCCCGUGGCGCCACCCGGAUGCCUGGUUCUCUGCGCGGCGGGCACAGGAUUGGCACCCGAGACGGGGCACACCUGUGGGGCUCGGCAGUUCAUGCCAGGACAUCCAGGGCCGAGCCGCCUGGAAAUGCGGAGCCUCACCGUCUGGGUGAGCAGAGGCCUGGUCCUUUUGGCCAUGAUCCUGGCAACCGCCUCCGUCUCCACCUCGGGAGAUUGGGGAGAAGAAGGGGUGACCUAUGCCGAGCUGGGGAGCGAUGUGGUCCUGACCUGCCCCGGAGCAAGUCCAGGCUCCAGGCCCAGAUGGCAGCGGAAUGGGGGCUCAGGGCUGCCCACCGACUCCACGGUCCAGCAGGGCCGGCUGCUCCUGAGCCACGUGGGACUCUCCUCCGACGGCACCUACAGCUGCCAGGAUGACAGUGGGCGUCUCCUGGGCUCCCUGGCGCUCCGAGUCGGCCGACCCCCUGGGCCGCCCUCCGUCUCCUGCCGAGCUUCCAACUACGAGAACUUCUCCUGCUUCUGGACCCCCAGCAUUGAGACCCACCUGCCCACCAGAUACAUCACCAGCUACCGGACGAAACAGCCACCUGGAAGUGACAAGUCGAGCAGGUCCCCGCUCAGCAAGGUGGGUCCCUGCGUCCAGGAUGCCAGCCGGCCGCUCUCCUGCACUGUCGGAAAGUCCCAGUUCUGGAGCUCUUACCGUGUGAACGUGACGGAGGUCAACCCCCUGGGCUCCAGCUUCACCCUGCUGGACAUCAUCGCCCACAGCAUCACCAAGCCAGAUCCUCCGGAGCAUGUCAGGGUGGAGCCGGUGCCCCUGGCCCCCCGACGGCUGCGCGUCAGCUGGGAGUACCCCUCCUCUUGGCCCAAGGAGCCCUCCUUCCAGCUCCACUUCCGGCUGCGCUACCGGCCCGUCCUUCACGACUCCUGGUCCAUGGUGGAGACCAGCAACGUGUCGGAGGUGAUCACGGACGCCGUCAUGGGCCUGGAGCACGCGGUGCAGGUGAGCGGCAAGGACUUCCUGGAUGCCGGCAGCUGGAGCGAGUGGAGCCCGGAGGCGCGAGGAUGUCCGGCUGCAGGGCAGGUAGCUGAGCCCAGCGAAGCUGCUCCGGACACCUUUGAAGUGGACCCGCCAGCCGAAGAGCCCUCUCCGGCCCCCGACAACGAGCCAGUCGCAGGGCAGGGGGACUCCCUGGAGAAGCUGGCCACGCUGGUGUCGCUUGGGGUCUUCGCCUUCUUUGCCCUGCUGGCCCUGCUGCUCUUCGCCUUCCUGGUGUGGAUCCGGGCGAAGAGGCAGAGCAAAGAGGCCGACAAGCACCAGGAGUUGCUCUCAGCUGCCACCCACCUGAAGGCCUUGCCCAAAGGCCAGAUCUUGUAGCACAGCUCUUCCUGUGCUUGGCAGAGCAGCCUCCUCCCCCAGGCAGGGGACCAUGGACCUCACCCACUGCAGCUGCUGUUGAUUCUCCAGGGCACGUGACCCCGGCACCCGGCCCUGCCCAGCCACCCUGGACCUGCGCUGCUUAUCUGCCGGAAGUUGGCAUCGGAGGCCCAGCCGGUCCCACCCUCGGCUGCAAGCAGGCUGCCUGCCAGAGGCUGCGGAGUUUGGACUCGUCGGGGAGCUGCCAGUGGGAGAAGGGCUGCUGUCGGCUGAGCCAGCCCCUGGCACACCCGUCUCCCCUGGGAAGCCGAAGCUCAGCAGACUGGGGGGCGGCGGGGACCGGGCUCCCCGGGACGGCCUUGCUGAGAGAGAGAGAGAGAGAGAGCACAGCCUGGCAGAACACCCGAAAGAGCCUUUGGCACAAGGGGAGAAGGACAGCUGACCAGAAGCGACGGCCGAGGCCUCCCCGUAUGCCAGUUGUGGGGCUGUGUGUGUGUGUGUGUGUGUGUUUGUGUGCAGAUACAUCUGUGCUUGGUUUGGUUCAGAGAAUUAAAUUUCAAUUUUUUUUAAUGAA